AUGGCUCCAAACCUCAGUCAAGCACUGUCGCUGAUCGACGCCGCCCACGCCGAAGACCCAAACAAAAUCACCGUCCAGGACACGUCGAUUCCCUAUGAACUACACUACGCCCAGAAAAUGACCCAUUUCCUCACGCUGCACACUCCUGACCCGUCCCCUCUUCUGCAGACGGCGGCACGAGCCCAACACUUCCGCCGCUGGGAAGUCCCGCGCGACUCGUACCCGCGCACGAGGCCGGGGUACUUCGCAUGGCGCACGUUUCUGAAAAAGCGCCAGGCUGACCAGGUCAAGCAAAUCUGUCUCGAGUGCGACUACUCGGCCGAAGAGGCGGACAAAGUGGCCUCACUGAUCGCCAAGGAAGAUCUCAAGAAGGGCGAGGGCAAAGGAGACCCGGACGCACAAGUCAUCGAGGACGUGGCCUGCCUCGUCUUUCUAGACGAUCAGUUCGACGAGUUCGAAAAGGGCCACGACGAGGAGAAGAUCAUCGGCAUAUUACAAAAGACGUGGACGAAGAUGGGCAAGAGGGGACAAGAGCUCGCAUUGGCCAUGGAUUUGAGUCCCCGGGCGAAAGAGAUGGUGGGCAAAGCACUUGCAGGGUAA